AUGCGGCUGUGUGUUUUUGUUCUCUCGUUGUGCUAUCAUCACGGCAAUGCCGUCAUUCCGGCGUUGGACCUCACCGACGCCGAGAUCAAGGACUUGGCGCAGAGAAUGAGAGAUGCGGACGCGGAGAAGCCCAAGUUCUGCGAGUUCUACGUGGAUUUUCAGGGUCAUUUCGAUGGUGGAGACACUGACUACGCCCCGAAACCGUGAGUUCAUGGCUAUAAAUUAUAUCAGUUUGUCGUGAAAAUAAUAAGCACAAUGCCGCUACGCUCACGGCACAAUUCAUUUUUUUUGGUGGCGACGCUAUUUUCGUUGUGACAGAGUGCUCAUUAUUUUCCCGACAGAAUGAUAAAGUUCAUGGACAUUUGUCGCGCUUCGCACCGUGCACCAAAGACACCCCAUUUUGUACCGUGCAUUCCACAUUUUUUUGAUUUUUGCGCUGUGCGACGAAAUAUCGCUCUACGUCGCCGCGAUUUCGCCCAGACAUUUGCACAGUGCAAACCGGUUUUUCGAGGUUUGCACUGUGAAAAAGACGAAUGCGCUGCGCGUUAGCGACGGCGUGGGAAAACGUUCACUGUGCAAAAGAGAAAAAAUGUCCACGCCCUUUAUGAAGAUACUAAUAUCUUGCAGGUUAUUCAAAUGGACCCGGCCUUCCAUUUUGUCGCAGCCCAGCUACAAAGCCCUGCUGGAUUUGGCGCCCUUGUUCAAUCCGCAGACCGGAAUCGCCGAAGACAACAGUCCGGCCAAGCAGCAGAAGGAGAGGGCGUUCAUUAUGGCCGUCUUUAGCAGUGGUCCCUUCACGCAGUUGAUCAAUGUCCUCAGGAGAAAGAAUCAUCCGUUUGCCAAGAGCCCCGACACCCUCAAGCAGUCCAUGUUCGAGCUGUGGUUUGGGAUGUUCUCCAGAGCCAAGGGAAAGUUGGAUUCCUCGGCUUUCGAGCAUGUUUUCCUCGGCGAGGUAAGCUGGCGAUAUAUAAUGUUAUAUACAUACAUAUGUGUGUAUCUCUGUCCGGAAAAUAAUGGGCGUUCUGUCACAUUGAAAAUCGCGUGGCUAAAGUGAAAAGCAAUUUGAUUUUAUCGCGAAAAAAGUGUAUUUUCUCGACGGCGGUGCGAUUUUCAAUACGGCAGAGUGCUCAUUAUUUUCCCGAUAUACUGAUAGCUCUUUUUAGGCCAAGAAUGGAGAAGUCUCGGGGAUGCAUAACUGGGUGGUUAUGAACAACCUCGAAAAUGGUCCAAAGGGCACCCUCGACUACAGAGGAUUCAUCGUCAAGAGAGCCGUAAGUUGUGUCGCGCAACGAUCCCACUAUUUUACAGGAUAUCAUUGCAUCGGCCAACUUUAAAUGGGGCAGUUUGGUGAAGAGGACGGGAAGUUUCUUGAUUGGGACGUCGCCGGCGUUCGACUUCUCGCUUCUUACGAUGUGUUUCUUGGCCAGGAGGGGAAGUCAGAAGUGCGAAGUGAGAAUAGCAUUGACCAUAAAAAAUUUUUAGACAAUAAUUGAUGGAUGCCCUGUGAAUGUGCAAAGCUAUGACCAAAACCAGAAUGGGCGAGACUUCAUUGGGACCGUCUAUCCGGAGCCCGGCCCGUGGUCUCCCACCUGUAUGACCAUCUUCAAGCAACGGGCGACGCUUUCCAAACAGGAAUGAGCUCUCUGGACGAGCAUUUCUAGAUAGCCUUCUUAUUUUUACGUUCAAAUCGACGCAGUUUUUAUUUGGAGAGAGUAAAUAGUUACAAAUGCAGUGCACUUUUACGGAAAGACUGUAUGUGGUCUAACCAUGAUGUGAAAAAUUUUUUGAAAAUCAGCGUUGCACUUUGAUCACUUCAAUUUCCCAGACAACUCCAUUUUUUAACCUCAAACCGCUCUUUACAAUCCGUCCGGUUCAGAGAGUUCAUUUUAUAUCCGUGAGGCAGAAAAUCGGCUUCACCGAACCCCUUGUUAGGCAGUUCAUCCGUCGCCAUUCCAUGGCCUCCGAACAUGGCAACUUGAUCAGGGUUUGGAAAUUUUGAAGACGGCCUAUGUUUCAUCGUGCUGAGCUCGGAAAACAACGUUUCGCAGCUCUCCGGAGCUAAGUUUCAGCUUGUUUUCGAGCUGCGCCCAAGGCACAAGCCGCGCCCAAGGCGCGAGCUGCGCCCAAGGCGCAAGCUGCGCCCAAGGCGCAAGCUGCGCCCAAGGCGCAAGCUGCGCCCGUGAAAGUUCUCCGAGCUGCGCCCUAUGAUUAUCAGCUAUCUUUCAAGCACAGAUAUUACAAGCGCAUUGGCCCCGGAACAUCUUUCAGACAUGUCAAGACUUUUUGGCCCGCCUAG